AUGUGGAAUAUCAACGACCCAUCUCUCUUCUACCAUCAUACUGCCCACCACCGUUUUACCAAGGAAGAAAGUGAUUGGGGUUUUACGCGAUUCCUGGAGCUUAGAAAGAUGUUCCAGCAAGGAUGGGAAAAUUCCAGCCGCUCCCUAGUGGAGAACGAUUCGGUCAACAUCACCGCAUAUGUUAGAGUAGUGGAAGACGAGACAGGUGUCUUAUGGCACAACUUCAACAACUACGACUCCAAGAAGGAAACCGGCUACGUCGGCCUCAAGAACCAGGGUGCCACAUGUUACCUUAACUCCCUCCUACAAUCAUUAUUCUUCACCAACGCAUUCCGAAAGGCCGUUUAUGAAAUCCCAACGGCAGAAGAUGAGAGCGUCACUAACAGCGCUUACACUCUUCAAAGAUUAUUUUACCAACUUCAGAUCUCUAACACAGCUGUGGGCACCAAUGAGCUCACGAAAUCGUUUGGCUGGGACACCCGACAUAUUUUUGAGCAACAAGAUGUACAAGAACUAUCCCGUAAGUUGAUCGAGCGUAUGGAAGAGAGGAUGAAGGGUACAGCAGCCGAAGACGCGCUCCCGCGCAUGUUGAGUGGUAAGGUCAAAACUUACGUGUCCUGCAUCGACGUCGAGUAUGAGUCCAGCAGAGUUGAAGACUUCUGGGAUAUUCAACUCAAUGUCAGAGGAAUUCCAAACUUGCAGGAAAGCUUUAAGGAUUAUAUCCAGCAGGAAACUCUUGAUGGCGACAACAAGUAUUGGGCCGGCGACGAGUUCAAGUACCAAGAUGCGCGCAAAGGUGUAAUUUUCAAAAGCUUCCCCGAAGUUUUACAUCUACAUCUAAAGAGGUUCGAGUACGAUAUCCAGCGCGAUACGAUGAUGAAAAUCAAUGACCGUUUCGAGUUCCCCGAAGUUCUCGAUUUAACGCCCUUCCUCGACCAAGAUGCGGAUAAAUCUGAGCCAUGGAUAUAUAAGUUACACGGUGUCCUGGUACACAGUGGAGAUCUGAAUGCAGGCCAUUAUUACGCAUAUCUCAAGCCAAAUAAGGAUGGAUGGUUCUAUAAGUUUGAUGAUGAUAAAGUCACAAAGGCAACCAUGAGAGAAACUUUGGAGGACAAUUUUGGGGGCGAGUACCCCGCAUCGCUGGUCCAGCCUCGUACGGGCAUUCAGAAGAAGACACCAAUUAUGCGCCAGAUGAGCGCGUAUAUGCUUGUCUACAUUCGAGAGUCUCGUUUAGAUCAGGUUUUAACGCCGGUUCAGAAGGAAGACUGCCCACCUCAUCUUCAGAAACGACUGGAUGAGGAAGCAGCCGCCCGAGAAGCGAAGCGAAGAGAACGUGAAGAGCAGCACCUCUAUUUACCCGUCAGAGUUAUCACGGAAGAAACGUUCAAGCAUCAUGGAUCAACUGACCUUACCAAUUUCGAGAUUACCCCUGGUGAAGAUCCCGCAGCUCCUAAAUUCUAUCGCACAAAAAAGCAAACCACCAUCGAGGAGUUGGUUGGGCUCAUCGCUCAAGACUUAAAUCUCAGCCCCAGGCGAAUCCGCUUGUGGAUCAUGGUUAAUCGUCAGAAUAAGACAACCCGACCGGACCAACCAAUUAUGGAUCUAAGACCGACAAUAGAAGAAACAUACUCACGGAUGGCCACUACUAACCGAGAUUACGCGUUGAGAGUGUGGGCCGAAGUUGCGGAAGAGGUCGAUUCAGAGGGAGAGGCCAUUUGGCCCACUUAUCAGAGCAAUGCCAAUGGCGUUAUUGUCAAGAACGACCUGAUACUCUUAUUCCUGAAACAUUUCGAUGCCGAGAAGCAAACCCUCGCGGGUGUUGGUCAUAUCUACGUCAGUAGGGAGAAGAAGGUAGAAGAACUGGUUCCCGUGAUCGCAAAGAGGAUGGGUUGGGGCGAUAAACUACCCUCAGGGGAACAAUUGGUCAUGUGGGAGGAGAUAAAGCCGGCUAUGAUUGAGGGUCUUAAGGCGAAACAAUCUCUGAAAGCGGCUGAGCUCCAAGAUGGAGACAUUAUAUGUUUCCAAAAAAUUGCCGAGCGGAAGUCGGGUGAGAUUCUUAACAAGAUUCCUCGCCUUGGAGACAAGAGCUCCGAUGAGAGCACAAGGCGUUGGGACCGUUAUGACGAUGCGGUAGGAUUCUACGACUUCCUCUGCAACAAGAGAGAAGUUCGCUUCGAUCCUCAUCCCCGCUGCGAGAAGUCGAAUUAUCAAAGCUUCAUUCUUACCCUCAGCACGAGGGUCUCAUAUGAUUAUCUUUCCGAGCGAGUCGGUGAACAGCUAGGAGUCGAGCCCACUCAUAUUCGCUUUUUCACAGCAAACGCUUCCACAGGCAGUCCCAGGGCACCGGUGAGAAGGGCAGUCGCCCAAAAUCUCGGCACAAUACUCAAUCCAAAUGGUUAUACUCAGCAAAGUAUGCAGACCAAACCUAAUUCGUUGUUCUUUGAAGUUCUAGACAUGAGUCUUGCAGAACUAGACACCAAGAAAAACGUCAAGGUCACUUGGUUGAGCGAAGGUAUCACAAAGGCUGAAACAUUCGAUGUCUUGGUAAAUAAGCAAGGCCAUAUUGAGGAUCUCAUCCAAGCAUUCGUAAAGAAGGCCCAGAUUCAAGAUGAAAGCGAAGGUGGCCGAAUCAGAGUCUAUGAGAUUCAUCACCACAAGUUCUUCCGCGAACUUUCACCGACAUACCCAGUACUUAGUAUAAACGAUUAUGCCGACGUUGUCGCUGAGCGAAUUCCAGAGGAUGAGGUAGAUGCCCUUGAGAGAGACUUUAUUAAGGUCAUUCACUACCAAUCCGAUCCCAGUCGGGUCCAUGGGAUUCCAUUCAAGUUCCUCCUCAAAGAGGGCGAACAAUUCUCUGAGACAAAGAAACGGCUGGAAAAUCGAACAGGCAUCAAGGGCAAGGCCUUUGAAAAGAUCAAGUUUGCGGUUGUGCGACGAUUCCAAAAGCCGGCUUAUAUCAAUGACGAGGAUAUCUUGUUUGAUGAGGGAGGCACCAUUGAGGACGACAUAAUGCUUGGGUUAGACCAUCUGGAUCGCUCCAGAACGACACGGAACGGGGGAGAAAUGUUCCUCAAGUAG